GUUGAGUUGCAAAAGCCAGUCAACAUUUCGCCUGAGAGUUCAACUGCACGAGACGUGCGCUACUUCUACACGAUGGCUCUCUGGGUGAUUCUGGUGAUAGGCUACCUACAGAUUUCGAUUGAUUCCAUUCAAGCCGUAUGUACACGGUGCCCAUUGCAAUGGACUGAGAGUCAAGGCAAAUGCUACAGGUAUUUUGCGAGAUCUUUGUCGUAUACAGACGCAGUGGAAUAUUGCCAGCAUCUCAGCUUUCCUGGUCGAAUAGCAUCCCUAGCGACGGUCACAACUUCUAACGAACUGCAAUUUAUGUCGAAGUUUGUAAACGAUAUUUUCAAGAAAGCUUCUGCAUUGGAUGUUCCGUCUCUCCUCUGGCUAAACAUAAACUCCAUGAACACCACCAAGUCACUGCCAAUCCUCCAUCGAUCCCUCAGCCAGGAGAGUGACAACAUUCCGUGUGAAGAUAGCCACAUAAAUCAUGACAUGUAUCGAGUGAGCGGAAAUAAAAACGCUGUCUCAUUGGUUCCCGGGCCAGAGCAACUAGACCAGGCAUGCGCAGUACACUUACCUGUUGAAUCAUUUAUAGAUCUUGGAUACUUUGAUGAAAGUUGUAUCUCGGACCUUGAUAGCUGUAAGUCGCACAGUGUGACAUGGUCCAUUUGGCUGAAUAUUGACUCACCAUCUGAUGCCAAAAAUAAACUGCACUAUUUCUUGAGUUCUGGCGGACAAACAGGGUUGGCAAGAGGAAUCGCUUUCCUGUACGACGCCCGCUCUAGUCAAUUCCUGUUUGCAGCAAGGUCCAAAGACCUUUACAUUCGUCAGAAAUACAACAUCAGUAAAGUACCUCUGGACGAAUGGUUUCACCUGACAUUUAUAGUUGACUCAGUUGGGACGCCAGACAUGGACUUGAAGAUUUUCGUCAACGGAGAACUGGUGCAAGUGGAUGAGGAGGAAAUGAGUACCGGAGCGGGUGGACAGUCAGACACAUGCACACGUCUCUUCCUUGGCAUGUCAAACACGUGCUCAGGAGAUUUGUCCUUGAGUCAAUAUGGCGGCUCUGCAGCGUACAGCAGUUUGGUUGUGUUUGAUGGUCUCCUUGGCCCACACGAAAUAUGCCACCUGUACGAAUGUAGAUCGAUAGACAAACUGGUGAACACCGCUAAAAAGGGCCAAGCAACUAUUGGCCUCUCCUUGCGGCCAGUUGAAGACGCCGAGCAUCCUUUUACGAUCGACGAUAAGUCCUACACGUUUUGCGACACGACGACAGCUAGGCCUACCGAUAGGUCGUCAACGAGUAGUUCGUGCUUACAUCACCGGGAACAUCCUUUUAUCUGUCAGAUGUGAUGUGAUAUCGUUCGUAUUUCAACACAAUUACCUUAUGUGCUUGUACGAGGAAUAGGAAGUUUAUAGGACUUCAUCACUCAAAAAAGAAGGGGAAACAGUCAAAAGUCACAAAAUUGCUUGUACACCAAGCAGUUACAGGGAAAACGAAAUUAAGGCGUAUAAUUAAACAUCAACUCAUGGAAUGUAUGUUUCUUGGGUGUGCGGUAAUGUGUAUUUAUUAUUUGUAUACGGUUGAUAUUUUGCCUGUAGUUUCAGUUAGAGUUCCUUGAAACUUUCGCCGUCUAGCAAUUGUAUAACUUAUAAGAAAGAUAUACAUUUUUGAAGAAUUAGACAGUUAUUGUUGUAUUUAUUGUUCUUUGCCUCAAAGGUGUAUAUAAAUAACAUGGAGUGGAGAAGAGUUUGUGACUUUGAAUUAGAGUUGAGGAAAAGCCUAAAACGAGCUUGCGUGGUGUGCGCUUUUCGAUGGAAUGUAAUUGUGAAUGUCAAGAAAAUCAUCAUCAAUCAUCUGACAGUCAGGCUACAGCUCAAUAAUUAUAUCUUUCAGAAACCAAGAAGAGGAGGAAACUGGUUGCCGAUGAAACUGCUUUCUUGUAUAAAAUUGCAAUGCAUAUAGUUUUACGAACGUGAUUUUAAAAUUACACACAUGUAGUAGGCUGUCCCUGUAGGUAGUUUAAUAUGCAAAUUAUUGACGUAAUU